CAGCAGCACGUGCUAAGCAUGGAGCGGGAGUGAUGUUGGCCGGGUGGCAGUAUUUUUUGUUAGUCAGAAAAAAUGUUACAGCUGAGUGCAAAAAUUGCCAUGCACAAUUCCUGUGGUGGCACACAACCAUUCAUUCAUUUUGUACCACUUAUCCUCACGAGGGUCACAGGGGGUGCUGGAGCCUAUCCCAGUUGUCUUCGGGCAAGAGGCGGGGUACACCCAGGACUGGUGGCCAGCCAAUCACAGGGCACAUAUAGACAAACAACCAUUCACAUUCAUACCUAUGGACAAUUUGGAGUCACCAGUUAACUUAGCAUGAUUUGGAAUGUGGGAGAAAACCCUCCUAGCUGUGAGGUCUGCGUGCUAACCACUCGACCGCCGUGCAGCCCUGGCACACAACCAGCGAAGUUUAAUACCACCCAUUUGCAGCAGCAUUACACAGUGAAACUCCCACGGGAUGAUAAGUCAUUAGGUGAAAAAGAAAGAUGAUGACCUCUUGUCGGUGGUGAAUGAAAAUAUGAGUUUGAAGCUUAAUUCAGCACCACAAAUCUCACUAUAUUGUGAGGUUUGUGAGGUAUAUGUGAUAUACUGCCACUACAUUGUGGAAAAAACUAUACCUCAGAUGCUUUAAUGAAGUUAAUGGGUCAGUUUUUCAACAUAAGCCACAACAGGCGGGAGGGAGGAGUAUGUUAUUGUAUAUUUGAGCAAAAGUAUUAGAAAAUCAGAACUUUGCAUUUUUCAAAUCAAAAUGCCAAGUCAUCACAAAUGUUCUACAAGUGGAAGAAAAUACAAUGUUGCAGAGUGACGUGUUUGCAUCACUCAUUUGUUAUUCUUUCAUAAAAAGAAGAUAUCCUGAAGACUUAGGACAGACAGUGUGUCUUCCAAAGAAGACAGGGAAUUAAAAAGUAUUCUAUUAUGUUGGCAACGUGAAACAUUUCCAACACCCCUGAGGGCAAAGCAGCUAUCUUUCAAUUCUAGUGAUGUCCCUGAUGUCCAUAACCAUGUCUUAAGAUUGUGCACGGACGACACCAAACGAUACAAGUGGCAGAACUUUUGGAAAACCAAAAAAUAAAACCCACUUGUUUUUCACGGCCCUCGUCACCAACUCACCUGGUGUCUUGCUGCAGAUGCCGGUCUUUUCCUGUAGGAUGCCUGUGAUUGGUGCCGUUGUCUAGAUGCACCUCACCCAGAAAAGGCCCUAAAAGGUCAGGCCCGGGUUAUGCACUGCCCUGAGCCCACCGGGCUGCUGUAGGCUGUUCACUUCCUGGUUCAGAGUAUUGGUCAGACUGGGGUACAGACAUGACCUUUGAUUGAUGUGAACUUUGCUCUCUGCUGCCCCCUUCUGUCCUCUUCACCACCUGACAGGUGAGGAGGGGAGUGUUAAAGUUCAUAGCUACCUGUCAUGUGUCAUACCUGGAACAAACACAAGGGAGACACAGCUGGGGAGGAGAGAGUCAAGCCCCCUCUGCCCCCCAGCAGAGGGGACGAGGGUGGGGUGGCAGGAAGAAGCUGCUUGCCAAUUUGCAUUUAAUGAUCAUACAUAUACGUAUACGAAUGAGCAUGUAUGAUUUAUUCCACUUCAUGGUACGUUGAUCAGUAUGGGUUACAUUUCCGUUGACUUUCUCUGUUGCCUCCAGACCAGAAGGUGGCGCUCUUAUUCCUGAGCGAAGCAUCGCGCUUGAAGAAGACAGACAAGUGCCGGGUGUUGCUAACGCUAGUAUUAUCUCUUGGGCAAGAGACAUUUGAGUUGAUGGUUUUUUCGUUAUAAUGUCGGACUAUUUGUGUUUAAUAGUUGUAUUAAACCAGACGCCCUCCAAGUAACCGAGGGUGAGCACACGGACGGGAAGGGAAGAGAAGCUACUGCUACCAAGGAGAGCCAAAACACUGGCGGCUCGCUGUAGCUGCUACGUGUGUGUAUUGCUGCUGUCUCUGCUAUGAGCAACACUACCCCAAGGACGAGGAGGCGUGCCGAAAGACUUCUUGUGUCCAGAAGCCCCAAACCCACUGGCGCGAAUGCUAGGAGGAGGGCUCAUCCCAACACGAGGGCGAAUGCUAGCAGAAGAACAAGUCCGAGAGCAGACAUGGAGGUGACGACUCCCCCCACGGAGACCAUCGACGUGAUGGACAACACGGUGGACAGUAUGGAUGAGGUGGUGGAUCUGACAUGCGAGGCAUCAGAAGCGUCGCCUGUUGUCGACCUGACCAACAAUGACUCAGUGCUGCUGGUGGAUGAAGGUCCUCAUAACAGGAGACACACGUCAGGCGAGAGCUACGUCGUCAGCAGUGAUGAAGAAGACACAACCCCUGUUCCUAGUGCUUCCACGUUGUCCUCUCUACAGGCCCAGAGCUCUGCCAGGUGGACUCCAGGAACGAUUAGCUGUCCAGUCUGUAUGGACUCCUACUCGGAGAUGGUGGACAGCGGCCGUUUGGUGGUGUCCACCAAGUGUGGACAUGUCUUCUGCAGCCAGUGUCUCCGAGAUGCUCUGUCCAGGUCUCACACAUGUCCCACAUGCCGCAAACGCCUCACCCCCCGCCAGUACCACCCCCUCUACAUCUAAUUGUUGAUUUUUUUUCAUUUUGUGUGUCUACAAAUAGAAAUAAAUAUGUUACAACUGAAAUCGGAACGCUCUUCUAAGCCGCCAUCUUGUUUUUUUUAAAACAAGGUUCAAUCAUUCAAUUGUGCGCAUGACAGCAUUGUCACGAGGAAGGUAAACAUCAUGAGUCAUGACCUGACCAGAUAGACUUGAAGGUCUAGUUUGA